AUCACUCCACCUACAAUAACACCACUCUAGUCUCUCUUAUUCUCUCUGUCUUUUCACACUCAAAACAUAAACACACACACAUACCAUGGCCACUUAUGCUACUUGGGCUAAACCAAAAAUUCUAACUUCUUGUCCACAAAGAGAAGUGAAAUCACAAAAGGCCUACAGAAAAAACAAUGUGAAUUGUAGUUUGCAGUCUCCUUCUAUACUUCAUUUCCCCAAACAAUCACCCCAUAUAUAUCAAACACCUUGUGUUCCAACCACCAUUGCCCAGCCAAAACAUCAAGAUUCUUCGUCGAGUAAUCAAUGGAAUUUCCUACAAAAAGCAGCUUCAAUGGCCUUAGAUGCCGUUGAAAAUGUGAUUGCUGCGCGAGAAAAAGAACACCCUCUGCCAAAAACAGCUGACCCUCAAGUCCAAAUUGCCGGAAACUUCGCUCCUGUCCCAGAACAGCCUGUUCGCCACCGCCUCCCAGUCACCGGAAAGAUACCUGAAUGUAUUUCCGGAGUCUAUGUUCGAAACGGGGCCAACCCCCAUUUGGAACCCACUGCAGGGCAUCAUUUUUUCGACGGAGAUGGGAUGGUUCAUGCUGUCCAAUUCAAAGAGGGGGCUGCUAGCUACGCUUGCAGGUUCACUGAAACAGAAAGACUCAUCCAGGAGCGUAAUUUGGGGAAGCCUGUUUUCCCCAAAGCCAUUGGCGAGCUUCAUGGCCACUCAGGGAUUGCUAGGCUUGCUUUGUUUUACGCUCGCGGCUUGUUUGGCCUUGUUGAUCAUUCUCAGGGCACUGGCGUGGCCAACGCGGGCUUGGUUUAUUUUAAUAACCGAUUGUUAGCUAUGUCUGAAGAUGACUUGCCUUAUCAUGUGGAGAUCACUUCUUCGGGUGAUCUUAAGACUGUUGGGAGGUACAAUUUUGAUGGCCAGUUGGAUACCACGAUGAUUGCUCACCCCAAAAUUGAUCCGGAUACUAAGGAGCUCAUUGCUUUGAGUUAUAAUGUGAUUCAGAAACCUUAUUUGAAGUACUUUCGGGUUUCACCUGAUGGAGUCAAGUCGGAUGAUGUUGAUAUUGAAUUGGCUGACCCGACUAUGAUGCAUGAUUUUGCAAUUACGGAGAAUUUUGUGGUGAUUCCUGACCAGCAAGUGGUGUUCAAGAUUUCGGAAAUGAUAAAAGGUGGAUCACCAGUGGUGUAUGACAAGAAUAAAGUGUCGCGUUUUGGUGUUUUGGACAAGUAUGCGAAAGAUGGGGAGGGAAUUAAGUGGGUUGAGGUUCCGGAUUGUUUCUGUUUUCAUUUGUGGAAUGCUUGGGAAGAUGAAGAAAGUGAUGAAAUUGUGGUGAUUGGCUCUUGUAUGACUCCAGCUGAUUCUAUUUUUAAUGAAUGUGAUGAAGGAUUACAGAGUGUUCUGUCUGAAAUUAGGCUCAAUUUGAAGACAGGAAAAUCAACACGAAAGCCAAUUAUGUCAUCGGAGGAUCAAGUGAAUCUGGAGGCAGGGAUGGUGAACAAAAACAAGCUGGGAAGAAAAACCCAGUUUGCUUAUUUGGCCAUUGCUGAGCCUUGGCCUAAAGUUUCUGGUUUUGCGAAAGUUGAUCUCUUCACUGGUCAAGUCCAGAAGUUCUUUUACGGGGAUCAUAAGUAUGGAGGUGAGCCUCUUUUUCUCCCAAAAAACCCGAAUUCUGAGAAUGAAGAUGAUGGCUAUAUAUUAGCAUUUGUUCACGACGAGAAGGCAUGGAAGUCGGAGCUUCAGAUCGUUAAUGCCAUGACUCUAGAGUUAGAGGCCACGGUCCAGCUUCCGUCCAGGGUGCCAUAUGGAUUCCAUGGCACAUUCAUUAGUGCAAAAGAUUUAGAAAGUCAGGCCUGAUACUCAAUUUGGCCUGAUCAAUAGUUUGCUAGUUUGAUUGUUAUUGCAGCCGAGAAUUAUCAGAGGGAUUGAUCAUACGUCCCCGAAAUUCCCCGAGCUGUUUAAACUACGGACCUUUUGUUGGUUGUCACAAAAGAGUUCGGAUAGUAUCAUUUAUCUUGUUUAUAUGUAAUGAUUUCAUGGGAAGAUUUGAAG